AUGAGAAGCUUACUUUUCCUGGUGCUGAUUUCAGUCUGCUGGGCUGACCACCUUUCAGACAGCUACACUCCAGAUCCAGACAGAGUUAUUCACAUCCAAGCCGAAAAUGGCCCCCGUCUACUUGUGGAAGCAGAACAAGCCAAGGUGUUCUCUCACAGAGGAGGCAACGUGACACUGCCAUGUAAAUUUUAUCGAGACCCUACAGCAUUUGGCUCAGGAAUCCACAAAAUCCGCAUCAAGUGGACCAAGCUAACUUCAGAUUACCUCAGGGAAGUGGAUGUCUUUGUUUCCAUGGGAUAUCACAAGAAGACCUAUGGAGGCUAUCAAGGUCGAGUGUUUCUGAAGGGAGGCAGUGAUAAUGAUGCCUCCCUGGUCAUCACAGAUCUCACUCUGGAGGAUUAUGGGAGAUAUAAGUGUGAAGUGAUUGAAGGACUAGAAGAUGAUACUGCUGUGGUGGCAUUGGAGUUACAAGGUGUGGUGUUCCCUUACUUUCCACGACUGGGACGCUACAAUCUUAACUUCCAUGAGGCACGCCAGGCUUGUCUGGACCAGGAUGCUGUGAUUGCUUCCUUCGACCAGCUGUACGAUGCCUGGCGGGGCGGGCUGGACUGGUGCAAUGCCGGCUGGCUCAGUGACGGAUCUGUGCAAUACCCCAUCACCAAACCACGAGAACCCUGCGGGGGCCAAAACACAGUGCCUGGAGUCAGGAACUACGGGUUUUGGGACAAGGAUAAAAGCAGAUACGAUGUUUUCUGUUUUACAUCCAACUUCAACGGCCGAUUUUACUACCUGAUCCACCCCACCAAGCUCACCUAUGACGAAGCGGUGCAAGCUUGUCUCAAUGACGGUGCUCAGAUUGCGAAAGUGGGCCAGAUAUUUGCUGCCUGGAAGCUUCUGGGCUAUGACCGCUGCGAUGCCGGCUGGCUGGCCGAUGGUAGUGUCCGCUACCCGAUUUCUCGGCCAAGAAGGCGCUGCAGUCCUACUGAGGCUGCAGUGCGCUUUGUGGGUUUCCCAGAUAAGAAACAUAAGCUAUACGGGGUCUAUUGCUUCAGAGCAUACAACUGA